GUCACAAAGCAAGCAGACUUGCCCACAGAAUCCCACAGCCUUCCCCUCGAUUUGUCCUCUUGCUCCUUCCUGCUAGGACAGCAGGGCUUCUCGUACACAUGCUGUAGCGGGCACUGCCUUGGCAGGAGGAUUUGGGGCUUCCACAUAUCCUGUUCUCAAGAUUGUAGCAUCUAAGUACUCUAGAGCCCAGUCCCUGACAUCAAGGAUGUCUGGAGCUUCCUUUUAAGGAGAGAAAAGAUCAGCAAACUUUCAUGAGAGUUCCUGUUCUGCAUCUUCAACACUAGUAUUAAGUGCACUGGCCUUUAGUCUGUUAGAAAGCAUACAAUGGCUACAGAUGUUCAAUUGGCUGAUUAUCCACUGAUGAGUCCAAAGGCUGAGCUGAAACCUGAGAAGAAGUCAGGGUGCAAGCCAAGGAGCCCCAGGGACAGGGGGCCACAGAAAGAACUGGUGAUCCCAGGGAUUGUGGAUUUCGAGCGGAUCCGCCAGGCAUUGAGGACCCCCAAGCCCCAAACCCCUGGCACCUACUGCUUUGGACGCCUCAGUCACCACUCCUUCUUCUCCCGGCACCACCCACACCCCCAGCACGUGACCCACAUUCAAGAUCUCACCGGGAAGCCCGUCUGUGUCGUCAGGGAUUUUCCAGCCCCCUUGCCUGAGUCAACUGUCUUUUCCGGCUGUCAAAUGGGGAUGCCCACCAUCUCUGUCCCCAUUGGAGACCCACAGUCUAAUCGGAACCCCCAGCUUUCUUCUGAAGCCUGGAAGAAGGAAUUGAAGGAGCUGGCUUCCCGGGUGGCCUUCUUCACCAAGGAGGAUGAGCUGAAGAAGAAAGAGAAGGAGCAGAAGGAGGAGCCUCUGCGGGAGCAGGGGGCAAAGUACUCGGCAGAGACUGGGAGGCUCAUCCCUGCUUCCACCCGGGCUGUCGGCCGCCGCAGAUCUCACCAGGGCCAGCAGAGUCAGUCUUCCAGCAGAGAUGAAGGAGUCCAGGCCUUUCUCCUUCAGGAUCAGGAGCUGCUGGUCCUGGAGCUCCUGUGUCAGAUCCUGGAAACAGACUCGCUAAGCGCGAUCCAGUUCUGGCUGCUCUACGCUCCGCCCAAGGAAAAAGACCUCGCUCUGGGACUUCUGCAGACAGCAGUGGCUCAGCUCCUUCCCCAGCCCCUAGUCUCCAUCCCUACAGAAAAGCUCCUAAACCAGCUUCAAGAAGUGCACGAACCUCCUCAGGAGAAGCAAGAGCCACCCUGCAGUCAAUUCCUGAAGAAAACGAAGAUAUCACCUUUUACAAAAAGCGAAAAACCAGGUUGGAUUCCCUCCUCGGUCACCAGCAGAGCUGAGAGCAGGAGCUAGGCUUGACUCAGACCUUCCCCUCAGCAUUCACACAUCCACCUGCAGCUCCCAGGUGGGGGCCCCACCUUCCCGGUCCUCUCCUGCCUGCUGUCUCUCCUCCCACUAGAGUACAUUGGAGAAGCUCAAGUCCUCCGGAUGCAUUCAAGCCAGAACACAGAGGAGAAGACAUCGAAGCCAAGGGCAGAGAGCUGAGGGGCCCUAACACCUGUGCCUGCAUUGCUCAAGAGCAGCCCCAAGGGUUCAGGGGUGUUUCUGUCUCCACCACCUUCACAGCAGUACCUGAUUCCCUACCAUGAAAACUCUACUAAAUAAAACCGUCUUCCCUGAG